AUGGUUUUACAAGCGGAUCUGCUGAGAGCCGGAAGUCAAGCCCACAGGCCCAACAGCAUUGGUACAGGAGAAAAGGUCAUCUUGCUGGAGGCCUGGAACAGGAGGAAGGGCUCCGUCCCCACCAUGCUGGAGGCCUGGAACAGGAGGAAGGGCUCCGUCCCCACCAUGCUGGAGGCCUGGAACAAGAGGAAGAGCUCCGUCCCCACCAUGCUGGAGGCCUGGAACAAGAGGAAGGGCUCCGUCCCCACCAUGCUGGAGGCCUGGAACAGGAGGAAGGGCUCCGUCCCCACCAUGCUGGAGGCCUGGAACAAGAGGAAGAGCUCCGUCCCCACCAUGCUGGAGGCCUGGAACAAGAGGAAGAGCCCCGUCCCCACCAUGCUGGAGGCCUGGAACAGGAGGAAGAGCUCCGUCCCCACCAUGCUGGAGGCCUGGAACAGGAGGAAGAGCCCCGUCCCCACCAUGCUGGAGGCCUGGAACAGGAGGAAGAGCCCAGUCCCCACCAUGCUGGAGGCCUGGAACAGGAGGAAGAGCCCAGUCCCCACCCUCGUUGAAAGCCUGUCUGAAGAGAAAGGCAACACCACCUCCUCGGAUGUCUUGACGCGGCCGUCCUUUUAA